AUGUAUGAUGUCCCUGUGGUUUUAUGGACCUUUUGUACGGCCAAUAUAAAUGUAAGGCCCAUGCUAUUAUACAUUUGUAACGAUACUUUUAUCUACAGUUUUGGUAGGAGCCAUGGCAUGUGACGGUGCCCCAGCAGGCUGGAGGGAUGUUUUUGAGACAGAGAUCCGUGAAGUGUUCAAAGCUAAAGACGACUGGACAUUGACCCAGGUUGAUGACUUACCCAACAUCAAUCAAGCCAAGGACCGUGGGUGGAAACAGUUCAAAGACAAAGCUAAGGUUCGGUUUGAGUGCGGGAGGUGUGACCACGUCUGGACGUCCGUCAGGGGUCUCGUCAGCUUCCACUACCGCCUCAAGGAGACAGGUGAAAUAAAAAUGUGGCUUCUUAGACAGAAGUGCCAUUCUUGCAAGGAUGAUUUUGAGUCUCCGGGGUGGUACAGAGAAGAGAAGGUCAAGGUGAUGCAGAAUCUCCAAGAGAAGAUCGAAGAGAAGUUCUACACCACGAGUGGUGGCCCUAGAGGUUUGAACUUGGGUCAGAGAUCGGCAAACAUGACAAGCAAACAUGAGACCGACCUUUGUGAAGCAUGUCAGGAGGGCAUUUGUAGUCAGGCCGGUUCAGUAGAGUUAAAUGAUCUCGGCUAUGAUGAGGAUACAAAUGAUGACGAUUAUGAUGAAGAGCCUGAUUGUCAUGAUGAUUAUUGGGAUGACCAUGAGGAAUCAUAUGAUGAUGAUGACCGUUAUAGUGAGGCAGACUACAGGGAUCUCUAUGAGGAUCAGUAUGAUCCCUAUGAGGAUCAAUAUGAUGAUGAUCUCUAUGAGGAUCGAGAUGAUUACGACUAG